AUGCAUUCUUAUUUCCUACUAUCUACAGUAGUUUUAACUUUAUCGCUUAUAUUUCUUGACGGAAUUAAUGUAGUGAAUGGAGAAGGUGUUAUUUUCGACGUUAGGACAUUUUUCUUAGAAUGUUGGUUAAACUUGUGUUUACGUUUAAAAGGAACAUUCGAUUUCUUCCUUGGAGAUUUGAAACCAAAAUACGGGGGACGACAAAAACCAUGA